AUGGAGCAGCCCAAUGCGAUUGGUACUGAUGGACGGGCCGUGGCUGAGGCUGAGGUUGUGGUCAAGCAGAGCACAGUUCAUUUGUGUUGGAAAUAUUUUCAGUGUAUACCAUUAUGCAGUCAUCUGAUCCUCUGCUUCACAGAUGGGGCCUACCUGGCAGUGAAAUCCCACGACAACUUUGUUUACAUCUAUGCUGUGACAGAGAAUGGCAGGAAGUACAGCCGUGCCGGGAAAUGCACGGGCCACUCCAGUUUUGUGACCCACUUGGACUGGUCCGCCGACAGCCAGUACAUCGUCACCAACUCAGGAGACUACGAGAUCUUAUUCUGGGAAGCCGCGAGUGGCAAACACCUGACCAGUGCAGACACUGUGCGGAACCUGGAGUGGGCCGCCUCCACCUGCGUGCUAAGCUUCAGUGUGUUCAGCAUCUGGCCAGAUGGUGCUGAUGGUACAGAUAUCAACGCCGUGUGCAGGUCACAUGACGCCAAGCUCCUGGUCUCUGCCGACGAUUUUGGCAAAGUGCGCUUGUUCCCCAACCCCUGCUCACAGCCAAGGGUGAGAGCACUAUCCCCAAAUCCACAAUCACAUUACAGCUGUGCCUCCCAACAUUCAUACCCAAAUCCACAAUCACAUUACAGCUGUGCUUCCCAACAUUCAUACCCAAAUCCACAAUCACAUUACAGCUGUGACUCAACAUUCAUACGCAAAUCCACAAUCACAUUACAGCUGUGUAGCCACUAG